AGUGCUGUGGGGGGGGGGGCUGACUGAAAGGGUGACCCCUCUUCUUGUCUCGCUCUGUGUCCUGCUACAAAGUGAAGCUAACCACCUCGGACUGGAGACUUUCUUGGACUCCGAGUGAAAGUUGGGCCAAAACUUUACAAACCAUCCAGAGGAAUCAAAGAAGGACGAAGAUGUAAUGAAUGACUUACAUGCUGGUGUCUAUGGUAACAGUGCACUAGCCAAGCCUUUCAACUGACUGAUGGUUAACGCAGAACGCCAAGCAAGCUCCAAGUCCAAGCUGCCUUCUCCACCAAUGAGCAGCCAGACCAGCGGCGGGGAGGCGGUCCCUCCACCGCGAGCCAAUCAGAAGACAGUUUUGGACGAGGUGAUCCUGACCUUCAGCUCGCCGACGGCGUGGCUGCUGGUGGUGGCGCUGGUCAUCACGUGGGCGGCCGUCGCCGUCGUUCUCUUCGACCUGCUCGACUACAAGACGCUAGCGGAGUACACGUCAUACUGUGACGAGCCCGUGUGUGUAUCACCUGGUCUCCCGCCUCCUGCCGCCAUCGCCAGGCGAGGUUUGAAGGCCGGCAGAGGAGACGUCCGUCCGAUCAGGUCGAGCUCCGGCGCCGGGGCUGCCCACCCGCCGCCGCAUGAGGCCACCGACUGGCUGGAGAUGAUGUGGACGUUUGCCGCCAGCCUGGUGGCGCCCGACGAGGAGGAGGAGGAGGCGGAAGCUUUGCGCUCGGAGGAAUUCUGAAGCAGGGAAAAGCGGCGCCUCCACGCGAGAGAGGUCAAGAAACACCUCUGAAGGAUGGCACAAAGAAAAAGAGAGCGAACGUACAGGACAAAUUGCAGCAAUGUUUCUUUCUGUCUGCUUUUAAAAAGACUUUAUUGAAUAAAAAUGCAGAGUAUAAAGGACUUAUCGCCAGCGUAAAAAUGUACACGUCUCCUUCCUGGCUGCUCAGUCAUUCGUGGCAACGACGGUGAUAAAAUACACAGAAUGUCCGUUGUAACGUCGACUGUAUUUCCCUAAUGUGGCGAGCAAGUGACCUCACAUUCGAUCGCUCAGUUGAGAGUGAGUUUUUGUUUUUCGUAAACUUUCGAGCAUUUCUCCCCACCCAUAAAAAUCCAUAUCGUUAUUAUGGGUUCUUGUAUAUAGAUUUUGUAUUAUUAUUUAUUCCAUUUUGGAAUAAGGUUGUAUAUGUGGAAAAGGUUUCGCUCAGUGACAGCCUCCCGUCAAAGCCAAGUCUUGUCUCGUAGAACGCGAUUGGCUGACGUGACAGAAGAACUGGCACAUGUGUUUCCCAUUAUGUUUCUAUAUUAUUAUUGUCAUACGGGAUGCGUUUGCAUUAUUUUCUAUAAUUGCUGCCGUCGUGUCGUUUAAGCCGCCGCGCUCGCAUUUUGCACGAGGUGUAUUAGUGGCAUUCGAGGUGCGCACAGUUCAUCCGUAAAAAAUGAAGCAGCUCCUUUCAACGGAUGACAUCAUUAGGAGGAAACCGUGUUCACACAAUUCCCUGGAUUGUUGUGUGGUUUAAAAAAAAAAAAAAAAGAAAAGAAAAAAGAGCUAAUGCUUAAUUAAAAUGAAUGUCAGCCACUGUUGGGAAUAUGUUUGCAGUGUCUUAAUAUUAUUAUGGAAAUGAAAUUACAGCACAUUUAUUACUAUAGGGACUGCACCAGAAAUGGUCCCCAAACUACAAUGAUGAAGUUAAUAAUUCAUUCAUCCUUAAAAUAACACGUUAAAGCUAAUGUUUUUUUUUUUAAAUGAAUAUACCAACUAUAAAUUAAUUUGAUCCAUCGGUCAGCUCAUCUCGCUCUCUCUCUCUCUCUCUCUCUCUCUCUCUCUCUCUCUCUCUCUCUCUAUAUAUAUAUAUAUAUAUACAUAUAUAUAAAAGAAGUGUUUCUGUUUUUCUUGGUUUCAUUCAUAAUGAGAAAACAAUGCAUUCAUUGUGGAUGCAUUAUAUUGCUGGCUGUGGUCUUUUUUUUUUUUUUUUUUUACAUUUUCACAAAAUAGUUAUUGUCUGCAUAAUUAGUGGGAAUGCAUUAAAAAAAGAUGUACACUUAUUUGUUUGCAUCCCAAAUGUAUAAAUACACCAUCAAGAUAAUAUAUGCAGUAUUAUGGGAGCCAUAAUAUUAUUGUUGCUUUAAUGUCAAUGCACGAGUCACAAAGGAACUGUUCCUCCUAAAAAUUCAAAAUGGUUGUCCCGGACGUGAAUUUUUUUUUACGCCAUUCUCCAUUAACCAGAAAACAGCAAUCUACACUUUAUUCAGUUUGUUUUUUCUUUUUUUCAUUUGAGUUAGACGUCAGUCCCGUUCGUGUAUUCGUAAGAUUUACGUCACUCUCCAUGAACCAGAAAGUAGCGUGCUAGCUUAGGAAUGUCAUGAAAAACAAGCUCAAAUAUGACGCUCUGUAAUUUCUUCCUGUUUAUUUUCUAUUUUCUUGUUCCAGUCACAAUAGUUUUAUUGCUCAUUAUUUUAUUUUAUUUUUUUAAAACGGAGCAAAUAUGCAGGGAAACACUGUAUAGAAAAUUGAUGGAUGGUGUUACGAUGGAAUAAAAUGACCCUCCACCCAAAUUCCAAAUGGUUAAGUCCUGUCUGUCUAUUUCAUUUUAGGUCACUCUCUAGCAUCUACCAAACAGACGACAAACACAGCUACAUCGCUCUAGAAUUUUCUUUCCACUUCUGUACGAGGAUUUGGUGAUUUGAGCUCCAAUGGUUCCGUUCCCGCCUCGAACAAUUCAAAUGUCCUCUUCCGUUUUAUGGCAAUACGAUAAAAGUAGCCGGCAAACAAACAAAAUAAACGGGAAAAACAACCCCUCCACGAUUUGUAUUUUUUCUUUCGAUUUGCGUCACAGCGGACCUGUUUCUCUCAUGACAUAAUCAAACAUGGUACGAUCCCAUUGAUUUGCGUCGUCCUCCGCAAACCAGGAAGUGGCCGGCUAACAGCAGGUACGGACCGGCCUGCGAGGCUUUGAAAACCUUGGCAGAGGUCUCCGCUCUUCCAAGUAUGAGGGGAUGUUAUCACGCCUAUCGGAAUUUAAAUGGCGCAUUUUUUCU